GAAUAUUGGCAAGUAUAUUCUAUAGUUCGCAAGAGUAAUGUAGGUGGCUAUAUUUUCACAAUACUAUGGAUCUUAAUGAAAGACCCUUUCCAUCGAAUAUAUAAGAAAUAAAAUUAACUAAACUACGCAAAUUUUACAUAACAGAGACAAUGCCAAUGUAAUUGUUUUUAAGCGUAUUUCCGCCACUGUAAGAGCUACGAUUUCAUUUUAGACCAUGCUGGAGAAUUCCGAUUGGACGUAAGAUCUGUCAAUAAUUGGGACAUUUACCUUACCUAGAUGGAAAUGACAGUGCAAGUGCAAGGACGUUACACGCCGGGCGUUAUUCUUGUCUCGUGGGUACGCUCGACCAGGGCAGGGAAUGGAAGGUUGGUGAUAAAAGGUGCCGGAAGGGGGUGAAAAGCGCGAGAGGAGGGACAGAGGAUGAGACUGCGCCUGCUCUCUCCUCCGCCACCCUCUGCCGCCACGGACACGGACGGGGUUGUAAGCCGAUAUUGUCGGGCAGGCGCAUUGCCCGGUAACAGCGGAAAGGAAGAUGACAAUAAAAAGAGCAUAUAUAAAACGCGCCUAAACGCACGUUAACCUCGGGGCUGGCUGGCGCGUCGCCUCCGAAAAUGUAAACCGGCUAUGAGAGGGAAAAGAGAAAGCGGAGCGUUUGAAGUGAGGCUUUGUGCGCGUACGUCCACGGUCCCGACGGCCGCAGACCGCCGUGCUGCGGGCGAUACCCUCCCGUACGACGAGGAAUCAUGAACAACUCGCCGCAGAAUACGGAGGUGGCCGGGCAACAGCACCGGGCCGGCGUUGAGAACAGCGACGAGGAGGAAUGGAGUGGUGUCGUGGAAUGUGUAAUGUUAUUGCAUCGACUCGUGUAUCGAAAGAAUGAUUUUUAUUUGCUGAAACAGCCUUCCUCGAGCAGUUUCUUGUUGCCCAUUUCGAGUUGUUUUUCGUGGUCAAGGAAAUUCUGUGGGUUGCACAACGCUGUGCUGGAGAGGUCAAAGUCAGAUCGGGUGACACGAACGGAUGAAGAUAGACGACGUCGCACUAUUAUUGUCGAGAAGAAGAAUGGCACGUACGGUUUCACCUUACAGAGCUACGGCAUACAUUAUAAACGAGAGCAGGAAAUCGAGAUGGUCACAUACGUCGACUACGUCGAGUACGAUGGACCAGCGUUCAAAGCUGGUAUGCGCGAGGGUGAUGUGAUACUCUCGAUAAACGGUCAUGAAAUGGACAGAGCCGACCACAAGACGCUGGUCAAUUUCAUAAAGAACUGUGAUACUAGGAUGAGAAUGGUCGUGUCCUUCGAAGACUGCGUAAGAAAGGUGGAAUUGCAUAUGCGUUAUAUCGAGUUGCAACGUGCCCUCCAAUCGCGUCUGGGUGAAUUGGAAAGACUCUGCGAACGGGAACGGUCUAUUCUUAUGGGUCGAUGGAAAACCCAUUCACUGCCAGCACGCAAGAGAACGCCGAACAGUGGAAUUACCAGUAACCCCAGUCAACCGUCGCCAUCGUCGAGUUUCAAUUCAUCCACGAUCCAAUGCUGUCGGCCGGCCACGUCCACGGAACAUCUAUUGCUCUACAACGUGUUUUCCGACGGCCGACCGUGCUUGGUUCCUCGAAAUGCCGCCUGUUUGGUGGCAGUAGGACCGCCGCGUUCCCGCAGCGAUCACCAUCACUUUCUGUCGAAAAUGUCUAGCGAAUCGGGGAUGACCACUUCUUCGCGGCACAGCUACCACCAAGCGAACGGAAUGAGCAGCACGCCAGCGAAAUCGAAAUCGCACAAAUCCUGUCAGCCGCAACAGCAACAAGCGAGCGGAAGCGGAGAACCGUCGACUAUCCACGCACCGCCGCAAAACAGCCUUUGCGUCGCCUGUAUCUCAAGCGCCAAUCGUCGCAGAGAACAAUCAGAUAACGGCAGUUUGGACGCGUACGACUUGGCUAGUCCAUGUUGCGAUCCAAAUUGUGUGCCCAGUCGUCGACGUCGGGAGAAACAGAGACGCGCACGAAACGAACAGAAUCAUCAUCAGCAACAGCAACAGCAACAACAACAGCAGCAGCAACAACAACAACAGCAGGUGCAGCAGCAACAGCAGGUGCAGCAUCAUCAUGUACAACGAGAGCAGCCGCAACAAGCACAACAACAAUCGCAACAUGGUACGCACAAUUGCUCGCGCACGUCUGGACAUAGUCUGCACUCUAUCACCAGCAGUGACGUCUCGACCAUCGCCGACACCGUUGCUUCCUGCACGACCAGCCUAAGCACGGAUACUCUCUAUUGGGAUCCAUCGAACGUGCAUCAACGGCCACCACCGUGCCUUCAGUACGCCAAACCAAAAUCCUGGGACAAUCUGACUACCAAGGCGUUCGGUGGCUAUGGUUUUGGAUACGGUUACCUGGACACAGCCACUGCGAAAACCCACAGUGCUGAACGGCCAGGGAAAGGUUCGCAUGGGCGAGCGAAAACGCCAACCGGCACCGUUCAGAGGAGAACGAGCAGCAGCACCACUUAUUCUGGAAGUUCCAGUAGACACUUUCAACCGACCAAGUCUACCGAAAGUCUUCUGAUACCGCCGCCUUAUCAGAGCGAAUUAGAUGCUAGUCUGAGCUGCGAAUGCUUGGACGGACCGACCCCUCGAUGCGUACCGGUGAUUCAAAUGGAGAAACACAGCCGACAGGAGGAAGGUGGCUACAUAAUCAGUACGCACACUCAAGUUCGACAUCGCCGGUCUAGUCAUUCCGAUGGGAAAUUAAGGCCUCUAAAUAAUUCUGAAGUGACGCGACUAUAAACCGUCUACCCCGUUGGAAAACGUAUCUUAAUAAAUUACUCAGUAUGUUUAACGUAUCAGAUACCUGGACGACGGCGCAACGGUAUUAAUCGAACGACGAAUCUAUUCGCAUUUAAAUAUUUGUAUUCAGCUUUGUAUCGUGACAAUGGAAACAAUGUUGUCGAGGCGUAUAGAAAGAAUUAGUAUUGUACUCGUCGAACAAUAGAACGGACCACAUUUUUUAAAACUUUUUCGAGAAUACACGAUCGAUUACGUAUUUAGUUCAUUGAAUUGUUGCUUGACCAACGAAUGAUUUUCUAACGAUGUUUUCUGGACGAUUGAUACGACGUAUCGAAACACGCGGUGCUUUUAAAAUCUUUCUUAAAUUUCUAUGGCCUGUUAAUAGUGCGAUUGAUCGAGUACAAUUUUAAACUGUGGUAAACGUUAAUGGUAAUAUCAACGUUAUCGUAAAAAUU